AUGCCAGCAUCGAUUACAUCCAACUGGGAUCUCACUCCGGUGAUUAACCUGCUUCGCUCCCCUGCUCACGCCGCUGGUAACAACUCCAUCCCGUCUCGCCACCCCGAAGACCAUGUCGCUACACCUCCGGCCGAAGAAUUGAAGGAUGUCAACAAUGACUCAGGCUGCCCGACACCUAAAAAUACCAACAAUGGGGACAAUGCUACACCAAAACUUGGUGAUUUCGGCUCUCUGUGGGAUUUCUUAGGUCAAGGUACUGCCGUUGCUUCCGCAACCACCGCAGCCGAAGAUCGUCAAGAUUCCGAGUCUUCGAGUACUACUCCACGUCCACGGUCCCCACAACCAUCUACACCAAUCAAGAUCCUUCAGCGGCCGUCACCUAAACUCGUCAAUCCUGAAGAUACCCCGAGCACUCCAAGACGGGUCCUCGUUCCUAAAUCUCGCAAGAAUAAACGUGAAGCCGGUGUGGAAUCCGGCUCAGCCAAAGAGCACAAUACUCAGAAAGCCACGCUUGAGGCUACUUCGUCUGAUAGUACUGUUGAGUCGGACGGCAUCUUUGAUCCUCCGCUCUCAAAGAAAGGAGCUGUUACAUCCUCCGCACAGCCUGCGAAAUCAGAGCUAUGCGAUAGCCCGCCGUCCUCUUUCGACGAACUUGAUGGCGCCUUGACUUCUGAAACUAUCAAAAAGUCACCUGAGAGUGGUGUGGUUCGUAUACAGUCAAACGUAUACAAAUCAGCGGAUGAGCGGAGAGAUGGUCUCCAUUCCAAAUUACUCAAGAAAUUUCCGGACUAUGCAGAAACCCGGCCUGUUCAUGUUUUUGUUGACAUCUCCAAUAUUAUGGUCGGAUUCCAUGACUCGGUUAAAGUGUCACGGAACAUUCCCAUAGCAACCCGAAUUCGCCGUCUACCGCUGUCGUUUAAGAAUUUCUCAUUGAUUUUGGAGCGUGAUCGACCAGCUGUCAAGAGAGUCUUGGUAGGAUCAGACCGCUUUCCAGCAAUCGACGAAGGCGAGAAACUCGGCUACGAAACAAACAUCUUGGAUCGCGUUCACAAAGCGAAACAAAUAACACGCCGCCAGGUUAAGUCCCGAAAGAAUGCCCGAACAGCCUCCCAAGAAGCCGUCACCAGUUCUGAAACGAACGAGGCGGCCCAGCGCUGGGUCGAGCAAGGUGUGGACGAAAUUCUACACCUCAAGAUCCUAGAGUCUCUCCUGGAUACGGACGAACCGGCCACGAUUGUCCUCGCCACGGGUGAUGCGGCGGCAGCUGAAUACUCGGGCGGGUUCAUGAAGAUGGUGGAGCGGGCUCUGCAGCGAGGCUGGGCCGUUGAACUGGUGAGCUUUUCGCAGGUGACGAGCCAGGCGUAUCGGCGGAAGGAAUUCCGGUCGAAGUGGGGGAAUCGGUUUAGGAUGAUUGCGUUGGAUGAUUAUAUUGAAGAACUUUUGGCGAUGUGA